UUAAAGAUUGAGGUUAUCAAAUCAAUUUUCAGGAAAUAAUCUACAUAAUCUUGAUAAUUAAGAAUAAAAUAAUGUGUAAUUAAGUGUUUGUCCUGUAGAAUAUUAAGUGUAAUUUUAUAAAAAUGUGGCAUUUGCUGCAAACGAGCUCUUGUCAGCUUGUUAGACAAAGACUGCUAACAGCUAAAAGCAAUGUAUAUUUUACGAAUCUUAUGAAAAGUAAACCGUCUAAUGUCGUAAAACGAUAUUUUUCUGAGGUUAAAACUUCGUCGGAGAAAAAUGCAAAACCGGGAUUGUUGUUGCUCUGUAGUCCAUGGAAGUUAUGUACUGGGGUCAGUUUGGCGUUGGGGGCUCGUUAUUUUCUUAGCAACGGUCCGGCGUACUGUAAGGCCCAUACAGUCCCUUCUAGGGUUAUCCAAAGAAGGCCGAAUAUAGACGAAGACAAUUCGAAGUUUGACUGGGAUAAAUUCCUCUCUUAUUUACAACCGCAUAAAUGGCUCUUAUUAGCAGCAAUAGGGUCAGCUUUAGUGGUGGCUUUCUUCAACGUUUACAUACCAGCGGUGUUAGGAGAAGUUGUGAAUGUGUUAGCCAACCAGAGACAGAAUCCUAGUGCGGACUUCUUGGAUAACAUCAGAGGGCCUGCACUCAAACUGGUUGCCUUGUAUAUUGGACAGGCAAUAUUCACAUUCAUGUACAUCCAUCUCCUCUCACAAGUGGGUGAGCGAGUGGCUUCGCAGAUGAAGCAGGAGCUCUUCGAGUCUAUCCUACUACAGGAUAUUGCAUUCUUUGACCAGGAGAGGACCGGAGAACUUGUCAAUAGGCUGACAGUAGACGUGCAAGAUUUCAAGAGUUCUUUCAAACAAACGAUUUCAGGUGGACUUAGAGCUAUUACUCAGGUGGUCGGUUCUUCGGUCAGUCUCCUAGUGAUAUCGCCGCAGUUGACAGGCUUAACGUUGGUCUGUGUGCCGUCGGUAGUUAUUGGAGGCACAUUCAUUGGAUCCUUGCUUAGAAAGCUCUCGAGAGAAGCGCAGACGCAGGUAGAAAAAUCAACUCUAGUAGCGGAGGAAGCGAUAGCAAACAUGCGCACAGUGCGUGCGUUCGCCGGCGAAGAGAACGAGGCGCAACUGUUCGCGCAGGAGUGCCAGGCCGCCGCUGAACUCAGUAUGGAGUUGGGGCUGGGUAUUGGACUGUUCCAGGCGGGAACUAAUUUGUUCCUUAAUGGCAUGGUUCUAGGCACGAUGUUCAUGGGCGGGCAUCUAAUGGCAUCUGGUCAGUUGUCAGCGGGUGACGUCAUGGCGUUCCUAGUGAACGCUCAGACAGUACAGCGGUCUGUUGCACAACUGUCGUUGCUGUUCGGGUCUGUCGUGAAAGGGAUCAGUGCUGGAGGACGCGUGUUCGAGUACAUAAACAAGAAGCCAAUGAUGGAUAGUUCUGGUUCGAAGGUGAUCAAGUACCACGAGUUCCACGGAGACAUAGAGUUCAAAGACGUCAGCUUUGCAUAUCCUAGCAGACCAGAGGCGAAAGUAUUGAAGAACUUCAACCUGAAGAUACCGGCUGGUAAGACGGUGGCCAUCGUCGGUACGUCCGGCAACGGCAAGUCUACAAUCGCUUGUUUGUUGGAGAGAUUCUACGACGUAGACGCAGGGCAAGUAACAAUAGACGGUAUAGACGUCCGGCAGAUGGACGGCAAGUGGCUGCGGGGACGAGCGCUGGGUAUCAUCAGCCAGGAACCUGUACUCUUCGCUACUACUGUCAAGGAGAAUAUUCGAUAUGGACGCCCUGAGGCUACUGAUGAGGAUGUAUACAGAGCAGCCCAAACAGCGAAUGCUCACGACUUCAUAGUUGGCUUCCCCAACGGGUAUGAUACUCUAGUGGGGGAACGGGGGAUGUCUCUCAGUGGGGGACAGAAACAGAGGAUAGCCAUCGCUAGAGCUGUACUCAAGAACCCCCCUGUACUUAUACUGGAUGAGGCCACAAGUGCCUUGGACUCAGCAAGCGAGAAAGUAGUGCAGACAGCGUUAGAGACUGCGGCUAAAGGUCGCACCGUACUAGUCAUAGCGCACAGACUGUCCACUGUCAUGAACGCUGACCUUAUUGUUGUGCUGAACAAGGGAAAUAUAGUUGAGAUGGGCACCCACGCUCAGUUGAAGAAACUGAAGGGUUUCUACUGGAACCUCAUUAAGCAGCAGGAUCAGUCGGCAGAAGCUAGCAUGACCUUAUGAGAGCAUUACGAGGUACACAACUAGUAAUAAAAACUAUCGCCAUUGAAUUUGGUACAAGGGAAAUUUGUAUUUGUAUUGCACCCAUAAAACAGAAGAAAGUCCUUGUAGAGCUACAUAAAAAAAAAGAAAAAGUUGAGGCUAAAAGGUGUAAUGUGAUGAUGUCUGAUGGAGGAGAAUUAAAGAAUACAAUAUUGAGUCGACACCAAGUAACUACUGCUCAAUCCACAAGCGGUCACCGGUGACCGCUCUCCACUAACUCCAUUAAACUGUCAAACACCAAGCGGUCACCGGUGACCGCAACCUAUUGUUCUAUAAUUAUGUCUACAAAACCGGUACUCGACGAGUUAAGGUGAGUCCAAACACGGCGUGCAAGGUGCGCGGCAGUUCAGUCCGAGACACGCUGCACUUUUUAUUUCGUAUUCAAACACAAUGCAUAUUUCUUAAUUUACUUGUCAGAAAUAUUUUGUAUAAUAAAUGUUUACAAACGAUUUCAAGGAAUAAAAUAAAGCUUAGUGUGGUGGACUUCUUACUUAAUAUUUUUUGUUUUGUUUUUUUUUUUGUUAUAAGGCCUCGGAAUCAGAACAGAGCGAACCAAACUGGCCACUGCUGAAGUAAAAAAAAACAUUUCACUUGAUUGACCAGCAUGUUCACUUUAUAUGUAUACGGUUU